UAGAGUAUACAGUUACACUGAGCUCACUGAAUAUAGAAUCUAGAUCUAGAUCUACGUAUCCCCUCCUACUUGCUGUCCUGCUUCCAAUCAAAUUAAAGUCUACUAUCACUUGACAACGCUUCACUCGACUUGAUUGACGCAUGUUGCUUCGUCUUAGGAACUUCUCGCCAUGUUUGGCACUAAUCAAAUGCACUAGAAAAUCAGUGAUAUACAAACUAAGGCCAGUUUGUCCCUGGUAAUAUUGGAUAUGUUGAGUCAAAAAGUUUUUAUUCAGUUUCGCUAUUGUCCUUUAUGUCGAUUGAAUCACAAAAAAGGUACUAAACAUGUUUAUGCUAAGAGACAUCAAGAGAUUGUUACAAACAUACUUGCCAAGUUUUUAAAAAAGAUUGUGGUAGCCAAAAGCAGCAUGAAGAAUCCAUCGAUUCUUGAAAGUAUGUCUGAAAUGGUGAACAUGACAUUCUGGUGUUAUUUUUGUCAAAGUGAAAUAACAAAACAUAAAGAACAUUUCACAGCUAUGGGCCAUUGCGUGAUUGAACUAGGAGGCAUGCUAGAACAUCUCACUCGUCAAGACCAUGUUGACAAUGCUGUUAAAUUUCUCAGAGAAAACAAAAAAGACCUGGUACUUACAUCAGAUUACAUUGUGUCUACUGAAGCCUAUCUGAAGUAUCUAGAAGUGGUGGAUGUCAGUUGUUCUCAGUUUUUAAAAAACAAAAGUGACUCUCUGAAGUUGUUGGCUCAAGAAAUAAAGUCUCAAGAGUUACAAAGAUUCCAAGUCCUCACGUGUGCCAUGCAGGAACAGAGCCAGCAGCACAGAAAAGCUCCACAGCUUUCUCCCAACCCAGUCGCUGCACACAGGAAGUUACUGAACGUAGGUAAUGAGGUAGAACAAAGAAGGAAAACAAUUCAGGCAUUUGGGGAUGGAUUAACUCCACUUGACAGAACCAAUGAGGAUGACACUUUAGGAAAUAUUUAUACUAAUGCAUUGCCACCUUGGCUCAUGCCAGAUGAAGAGGAUGUCAAUAGCUCUGGCAUUAUUGGUCCUACAUUGGAAGAUCUAGAAAAACAUAAGAAACAGGAGAAGAAAAGACAAUUGCCAUCUUGUAGAGUGGGUGCCAAGUUUGACCACAAAAAUCAAACAACUGACUCAUGGCUGCCUAAUUUUGGAGGUGUUUGGAGCCAUGGACGUAGGACAAACUCUGCACAACAGUUUAAUAGACGCCAGGGUAAAAAGGUCAUUAGCCUGAAUCAGAAUGUUAGCUUAUUUACAAGUGAUGAUCUGAUUUCUCCACAAGCUGAAACACACACAAGAACACAUUUAUCUCCAUCAUCUCUCUCACUUAUCCCAACUAGUUGUUUGUUACAAGACUCUUAUAAUGCACAAACUCUGUACAAUGGCCUUUAUGCCACUGCAAGUGUAGCACAACAUGAAAGUAAUGAUCAAAUCAAUGCCCACAUGUUAGGUCAAACUGAAAACUAUAGUGUCACUGUCAAGCCCUAUGUACGGAAACAGAAACUUCAUAGUGCAGAAUAUAAAACAGCCAGCACUGACAUUUUCAAGCCAUCCCAUUCCAGCCACUCAUCUUUAGACUAUUUCCAUGAAAGGCCAACCUCUAUUAAACACAAUGGUAAUAUCUGUGAGGACCCUUUGAUAACACCUUCACAUCACCAAUUCAACACAAAACCAUAUCAGAGGCACAGUAAAACUGUCAACAGCACUGAAUCUUCAACUUGUAAUUACAAUGGCUUAGAAACUUUCAGUCUAAUAUCUACUCCUAUAUUAAACAGGAACAAAAAGUAGCAACUAGUUGAGUGUUAAUUUGUAAUGUAUGUUGGAAUGCCACUGCUUUUAUCUUACAUUGUUGAAAUAAAAAUAAUAUGCAAAUAA